CACCCACUCCACCUGUCAAACCAAACGUCAAAAAGUGGUGGGGCACUUUUUAUGACACCGUGUCUCAUGUUCUUUAAUCUCGCACUCACUGAGAUUUAAAAAAAUCCUUAAAACGUGCUAUUAUGUGAAUAAAAAUCUGUGUAAAAAUGGACCAAAAGUCCCCGUCUGUGAUCCACCGCGCGUGUUACCUAACCUUGAACGUGAUUUACACAAUUUACGAAAUAAUUGCAUCAAUUUUUCGUCAGAAACUCCUCAUUUUUCUGUGUCACGAGAUCGACAGCCGCCCCAAAAAAAUCACCAAAGUCCCUACACAUCUAACCGUGUUGCUUGGCAACGAAGAGCCGGCUGUGAAAGACUUGGCCAACUUGAUUUUGUGGUGUUUGUCGGCUCGGAUCACAUUUAUCAGUUUCUACGAUUAUAAAGGGUCGUUACGGCAAUGCGAAGACAAGUUACGUCAACUUGUCGAAGAGAAAAAAAAUGAAGAGGAUCACGUGAUUUGGCACAGCCGGCCUGACUUUGUCCAUAAAAAUGGCUACAAAGGGCGCAAAAUUCACGUCAAACUGUUGGGGGAGGAAGACGGCCGUGGAACCAUAGCCAACGUUACGAAAACACUCGCCAGUGCUGCCAACAGUGAUUUGUUACAGUUUGAAACUGAACUUUUAAAACAGUUUGAGUUCCCUGACCCCGACUUGGGGGUGUGUUGUGGCAAAACUUUCAGUUUGUACGGUUACCCACCCUGGCAAAUUCGAGUGACUGAAUUUCUUACCUUGCAAACGCACCACAACAUCACACUUGAGACUUUUAUUCAUUUGUUAUAUCGGUUUAAUAAGUGUGAACAGAGAUAUGGCAAGUAAAAUUGUAAUAAUUAAGGUGCAAAACUAUUUAUAAAACUGUCGGUUACCGACACUCAAUAAAACAAUAAAUAAGG